AAAAAAUGCCCAGAAAGAAUAUAGACUAUGGAGUGCUGCCCGAGUAUGAGAAAAGCCAGAUCAAAAGGACCCUGGAGCUGGGAACUGUCAUGACAGUGUUCAGCCUUAAGAAGAGUAAUCCAGAGAGAAGGACUAUUCAAGUCAUAAUGGAAACCAGGCAGGUAGCGUGGAGCAAGACAGCUGACAAGAUUGAAGGAUUCUUGGAUCUGAUGGAAAUAAAGGAAAUUCGCCCAGGAAAGAACUCGAAAGACUUUGAGCGUUGCAAAGCAAAGCAAAAAGAACAACACUGCUUUACUAUUUUUUAUGGUACCCAGUUUGUCCUCAACACCUUAAGUUUAGCAGCUGAUUCUAAAGAUGAUGCUGAUAAAUGGCUGUGUGGCUUGAAUAUCUUGUAUCAAGAGGUCAUGUGUGCUUCCACACCGGCAAUCACGGAGAGCUGGCUGAGAAAGCAGAUCUAUUCUGUUGAUCAAACUAGAAGAAAUAGUAUCAGUCUUAGAGAGCUGAAAACCAUCCUUCCUCAAGUAAAUUUCAAAGUGAGCAGCAUGAAGUUCUUGAAGGAUAAAUUUGCGGAAAUAGGUGCUCACAAGGAAGAACUUAGUUUUGAACAAUUUCAUUUGUUCUACAAGAAAAUCAUGUUUGAACAACAGAAAUCGAUUCUUGAUGAAUUCAAAAAGGAUUCCUCCGUGUUCAUUCUUGGAAACACUGACCGUCCAGAUGCUUCUGCAGUUCAUCUCCAUGACUUUCAGAGAUUCCUGCUACAUGAGCAGCAGGAGUCCUGGGCGCAAGAUGUCAGUAAAGUCCGAGAACGUAUGACCAAGUUUAUUGAUGACACUAUGAGAGAAACUGCUGAACCCUUCCUCUUUGUUGAUGAGUUUCUCACUUACCUGUUUGCAAAAGAGAACAGUAUUUGGGAUGAGAAAUAUGAAUCAAUAGAUGUGCAGGAUAUGAAUAAUCCUUUGUCCCACUACUGGAUUUCUUCCUCUCAUAACACAUAUCUGACAGGAGACCAGCUUCGAAGUGAAUCCUCUACAGAAGCUUAUAUCAGGUGCCUGAGAAUGGGAUGUCGAUGUAUUGAGUUGGAUUGCUGGGAUGGUCCAGAUGGGAAACCAAUCAUUUACCAUGGGUGGACACGGACAACAAAGAUCAAAUUUGAUGAUGUGGUACAGGCAAUCAAAGACCAUGCCUUCGUUGCAUCUGAAUACCCAGUCAUUCUGUCGAUUGAAGAGCACUGUAGUGUGGAACAGCAGCGACACAUGGCCAAAGUAUUCAAGGAGGUAUUUGGGGAUCAGCUUUUAACAAAACCCAUUGAAGCGAGUGCAGAUCAGCUGCCAUCACCAACCCAGCUGAAAGAAAAAAUCAUCAUCAAGCAUAAAAAACUGGGGCCAAAAGGAGACAUUGAUGUGAACCUGGAAGACAAGAAAGAAGAAAAAAAGCAACAAGGAGAACUUUACAUGUGGGACACAAUAGAACAGAAAUGGACUCGGCACUACUGUGCUAUUGCAGAUGAAAAGCUUUCCUUCAGUGAUGACAUUGAGCAGAAUGCAGAUGAAGACGCAUCAAAGGAGGUAAAACGUACUGAACUGCACUUAAGAGAGAAGUGGUUCCACGGGAAAAUGAAAGAGGGGAGAACAACUGCUGAAAGGCUGCUCCAGGAAUAUUGUGCUGAAACAGGUGGCCAGGAUGGAACAUUCCUGGUUAGAGAAAGUGAAGCUUUUCCUAAUGAUUGCACCUUGUCCUUCUGGAGGUCAGGAAGAGUCCAGCACUGCCGCAUUCGCUCUUCAGGUGAUGGAGACAAUGUGAAAUACUACCUGACGGACAACCUCACUUUUGAUAGCAUCUAUGAUCUCAUUCAACACUACAAGGAGGCCCACUUGCGAUGCGCUGAGUUUGAACUGCGCCUGACCGAUGCUGUGCCCAAUCCCAGCCCUCAUGAGACUAAAGAUUGGUAUUAUAGUAACCUGAGUCGGGGAGAGGCAGAAGACAUGUUGAUGCGAAUUCCUCGAGACGGUGCUUUUCUGAUUAGAAAAAGGGAUGAACCAGAUUCAUUUGCCAUGACUUUCAGAGCUGAGGGGAAAGUGAAGCACUUCCGAAUUCAGCAGGAAGGCCGCCACUUUGUGCUGGGAACCUCGGCCUAUUUUGAAAGUUUGGUGGAGCUGGUGACGUACUACGAGAAGCAUCCGCUGUACAGGAAAAUGAAAUUGCGCUACCCGGUGACGGAGGAGCUGCUGGAGCGCUACAGCGUGGAAAAAGAUAUUAAUUCUCUCUAUGAUGUCAAGAUGUACGUGGAGCCCAGUGAAAUCACCCCUGCAGUGCCUCAGAGAACAGUGAAAGCCUUAUAUGACUACAGAGCCAAAAGAAGUGAUGAACUGAGCUUCUGCCGAGGGGCUCUAAUUCAUAAUGUCACCAAGGAAACUGGAGGCUGGUGGAAAGGGGAUUAUGGAGAAAAAGUACAACAUUAUUUUCCAUCAAAUUAUGUUGAAGACAUGGCAUCUGCUAAUUCUGCUGAGCUUGAAAGCCAGAUUAUUGAGGACAAUCCAUUAGGCUCUCUGUGUCGUGGAAUACUGGUGCUCAAUAUGUACAAUGUUGUAAAAAUGCCACAAGGGAAACACCAAAAGCCUUUUGUCUUCAUUCUGGAACCCAAGAAUCCAGAAGAUCCAGCUGUUGAAUUUGCAACUGAUAAAGUAGAAGAACUAUUUGAGUGGUACCAAGGUAUUCGUGAAAUUACAUGGAAGACUGCGGAAGAGGAGAACAGGAGGAAGUACUGGGAAAAGAAUCAAUUAAUUGCUAUUGAACUAUCUGAUUUGGUAAUCUACUGCAAGCCAACAAGCAAAACCAAGGACAACUUAGAAAAUCCUGAUUUCAAAGAAAUCCGUUCUUUUGUGGAAACCAAGGCAGAAAGCAUUGUUAAGCAAAAACCUGUUGAGUUGUUGAAAUACAACCAAAAGGGAUUGACACGUGUCUACCCUAAAGGACAGAGAGUUGACUCAUCUAACUAUGACCCAUUUCGCCUCUGGCUUUGUGGCUCCCAGAUGGUGGCUCUGAACUUCCAAACUCCAGAUAAAUACAUGCAGUUGAACCAUGCCUUGUUUUUGCUUAAUGGACGGACUGGCUAUGUUCUGCAGCCAGAGAGCAUGAGAAAUGAAGAAUAUGACCCAAUGCCAAAUGAAUCAAGGAGGAAAUUGCAGAUGAUUAUGACAGUGAGGGUUUUAGGUGCUCGUCAUCUUCCCAAGCCUGGUAGAAGCAUUGCUUGUCCCUUUGUAGAGGUAGAAAUUUAUGGGGCCGAAUACGAUAACAACAAAUUCAAGACAACAGUUGUGAAUGACAACGGCCUUAAUCCGGUCUGGGUGCCCUGUCCAGAGCAGGUGAAAUUUGAAAUCUAUGAUCCAAAUCUGGCGUUUCUGCGCUUUGUGGUUUAUGAGGAAGAUAUGUUCAGUGACCCCAAUUUCUUAGCACAUGCCACUUUUCCCAUCAAAGGAAUCAAAUCAGGUUUUAGAUCAGUUCCUCUCAAGAACGGCUAUAGUGAAGAUAUAGAGCUGGCCUCGCUUCUGGUACACUGUGAAAUGCAACAAGUUCUGGAAAGUGAAGAAGAGCUUUAUUCCUCAUGUCGACAACUUCGAAAGCGCCAGGAGGAACUUAAUAACCAGCUGUUCCUUUAUGACACCCAUCUGAAUUUAAGGAAUCCAAACAGAGAUGCUAUUUUAAAAGAAUUCAAUGUAAAUGAUCACAAAUUACAGAUCUAUCAAGAGACAUGCAACCGCAGAUUAAAGGAGAAGAAAGUCAGUAAUAGCAAAUUCUACUCUUAGAGCAAUCAUUCUUUGAGCACGUUUUAUGGAGCAAGUUGGGAAGAGAUACUGAUUUGUCCUGGUUACCCUGCUCAGUGAAGGUCUCGUCAGGAUGAAUGAACAGAAGAGGAGGAAAGAUGGAUUUCCUUAAUUUUUUGUUAUAAGAAAAACUGUUUUUACUUCUCAUUCCUAAUAAUUUAUAUUCUGUACAAAGCAUACUCUCUGUUCAGGCCAGUUUUUCUGUAUAUUCAAGGUAUUGUUUGCAUCCAGCAUUGCAACUGUAGAAUCAUGAGGAAAAUAACAGCAAGAUGUUUAAAAGUUGAGGACAUGUGAUUAGCUGUAUGUAUCUGCAUAAAUCUCACCUUUUACUGAUACCUGAAAUACAAGUAUAAAUCAUCUACUGUAUUUUUGUACACAGGAUAAGAUAUUCACAACAGUUUGCAUGCAUGGAAUCACAUCACUUUAACAACCUAGCUCCUUAGGAUUAACUGGUAGUGAGUUUUUAAUUUAUUAAAUGCUGUAAUAGCACUUUUACACCAGCAUUGUCAUGUAUGUUACAAUAGCCAAGGCAGCAGAUUGUACCUCUGACACUGUACAUAAAAUUUUGGGCAGCUGGAAGUUUUCUUGUGGGUUUUUGGAAACCAAUGAAUGUGUUAAAUUUGUUAAACCAGAUAUUCUCUAA